UAACAUUGUUUAUGAUACUUGCAGCAACCGCACAUUUUAAUAAUAACCAUUUCACUUUUUAAUCGUCCAAAUAAUGUAAAUAAUUAGACGUAAUGUAAUAUAUUUUAUUCGACCAUACGUGUGCGUGUGUAUUUUAUUGUGAAUGUUGCAAUUUUUUUUCUUUUAGUGAGAAAUAAUCUUAAUUUUAACCGAGUUUGUCUCUCGGUGUAUUCGCUGCUCAAAGAGCACAGAGUGUUAUCAACGAGACGACAGGUCAGAUUACCUUUCGAUAGUAAAUAUAAACAAUAGAUUGCGCGCGUUGCAUUUGUAGUGGUCGUGUGUUUUUUUCGCUCAUUUUCCAUUUUAUCAGUUCCGCGAAUUUAUUGUAAUAGUUUUUCGGAAUUUUUCAUCGUAAUAGAAAUAUUGUGUAUGUGUUGAAAAAUCUCGCCUGGAAAUAUGUGUUAUGUUAUCGAUGGUUCUGUAAUACGGUGCACGUUCGAAUAAUAUGCUUCGGUAUUAUUGUUGUGAUUGAUAAAUAAUGGAUACCCCUUCGAAUGGGGGAAGAGAUUCCCGAUUCAAUUUGAAUAGCUACGAUAUGCCCAUUUUGGCUGGCGAAAGCGCUUCCGAAAUCUACAACAGCAACAUCCUGCACAAUCGACCAACUUCCAUUACAUCGGGUUUGUCUAGAUCUAUGAAUAAUUCCUGUACUUCUGGAGCUUUGUCUCGAGGUAUCAAAAGAACUUCGUCGGAGAUGUGUUACGAUCAAAAUAUGCAGAAUAGAUCGAUGAUGAACGUCAACGAUUGCAAUUCAGACAUCAUGGAGGAUAGCUAUUCGCCGAAUCAUCAGAAGAAUUCGCCUCUAUCCAAUGGCAAAAAGACCAAAGGACGUGUUAAGAUUAAAAUGGAGUACAUCGAUAAUAAACUAAGAAGAUAUACGACGUUUUCGAAACGUAAAACUGGAAUAAUGAAAAAGGCGUACGAACUAUCAACGCUAACCGGCACCCAAGUAAUGCUGCUGGUAGCCUCGGAGACGGGUCACGUGUACACGUUCGCGACCCGCAAACUGCAGCCGAUGAUCACCUCGGAGUCGGGCAAGAAUUUGAUACAAAUGUGCCUGAAUUCGCCGGACCCGUGUCCCAGCGGUUCCGGCGACCAGCGUAUGUCGGCGACAGGCUUCGAAGAGACUGAACUAUCGUAUAACGUUGGCGACGACGACAAAGUAGACUCAUCAUCUUGCUCUCCGUACCGAUCCGAUAGCAGCGACAGUUCAGAAGUAGAAUCGGUAUCCGGUUCUCCGCCUUCAUCACCUCCGCCAUUAAUCUCGUUACAGGAUUUACAAUCAUCGUCGUCAACAACGCCCGCCACAAAAGUGGAAAAUGGAAUGCGAUGCAUACCGUUGAAUUCUUUCCGGCAAGGCAAAAAAAUCACUGCUUCGAGUAGCUCUUCGCCAAGUGGCACACCUACGGUUCAUUUCGUAGAUGUGAAUUCAUUGGAAACUGAUGCCGAAAAGAACGCAGCUGCUGCUUCCACAUCGAGCGUGCAAACUGCCUCCACCUUGAGUACCAUAUCCACCGAUACAUCGGCAGGGGCAGGGACUUCGACAGCAGCAGCCACAACAGCCGACAUUCUUAAUAAAACAAGCACCGCGAAUGGUUUGAUAUUUACGUUGGAACAGUUACAAAGGGAAUUUGGAAUACAUAUGACUGCGGGGACCGCUAUGCCACAGUAUAUUACAAUACCUUUGUUGACUGGAAUUGCGAACAACGCUAAUCCACCGGCAGCCCAUCAAACGCCCGCUGAUCUUAGCAAUAGGUCGAGGAAGUGAUGAGAGAGCUAGUCAAUCAUCCCGUGGUGUUAAAUAUAAAUAUACGUAUUUUUAUGUA